UAGUGGUUUUGCUGUAGCAGUGAGAACGUCUUAUUUUGUCCCUUAGAAAGCAGUACUGCAGCCGUAGCCUCUGUUAGUCAUAUAGAACACUUAGAACUCCACUAGAAGAAAAAUUAGCACUAGAACAACUCAUUUUCUAGAAGAACAUUGAAUUGCACAAAAAUAGUCCUGAAUUUUGCAUCGUUUCUAGUAUAGCACUGCACAUCAUAUCAUUGAAGAGAAUGCCUGUCCCAGCAGAAGUAGAGUGCCCCAAGCAACAGAACAUUGAUCCUGCACCAUUGCCUCAGAGCAGCUCAGAGGAGAGUCAACUGGAAGAAGGAGGCAGCAAUGGCACUGCAUCUCCAGUUGAAGGCACAGUGCAUGGAGAAAAGCAGCAAAGCAAACUGUUUGUGGGUGGAUUGGCUGAUUCUGUUAAUGAAGAAAAACUGAGAGAGGCAUUUAAAUCGUAUGGUAUCAUAUCCGAGUGCAAGGUGAUGAAGGAAAUAGCACCACCACACAAAUCAAGGGGUUUUGGAUUUGUAACGUUUGAUGGUCCUGACUGCCUAGCCAAGGUCCUCAACACACACAAGACCGAGCCCAUCAUCAUCGACAAUAAAGAGAUUGACCCUAAGGAGGCCGUCCCUCAAAAGAAGCCAAGUAACAAGGUGAAGAGGAUAUUUGUGGGUGGUGUGAGCUCUGACAGCGUCAACGACGAUCUUAAAAACUAUUUCGAACAGUUUGGCAAAGUGACUGACUACCAACUCAUGUACGACAGGAACACACAAAGACACCGAGGUUUUGGAUUUGUAAGCUUUGAAACUGAAGAGCCAGCUGAGAAAGUGUGCAGCAUUCAAUACCACGACAUCAAGGGAAAGAAGGUGGAGGUAAAGGUGGCACAGAGUAAGGAAGCAUUGGCUAUGCAGACCGGAAAGGGCAGAACUAACAACGGUCGCAAUGGAUUCGGAAACAACUACAUGUACCCCGGCUCCUUUGGUCCCUCCCAGAACCAGUACUACCCACCCUCACCCACCUACGCUCCUGACUAUAAUAUGGCGAUGGGAGGAUAUGCUGCGCCCCCUUUUAUCUACAACGGGAUGAGGAAGCCGAUGAGAGGUGGGAAAUCUCAGGACUACCCUCAACAGUUCCCUGCCUACAUGUACGGUGGCUGGGCGGAGCCUAACCGCGGCUUCUACGGUCCCCCUGCCUAUGGUAGCAUGCCGUUCAUGUUCCGUGGUCACCCUGGUAUGGAGAUCAUCCCAACAUCAGGAGUGGAUUAUAUGACUGAUCAGUUUCAAGGCAUAGCGCUGGGUGCGUACCCACCAUCCCCUAUGGGUCAGUACCCUCCCAUGAACCACAUGGCAGGGGGUGUGGGACAUGUGAGUGACGGCAACUCGAGCAGCUCCCCCCCAGAGCUAUCCCCCACGGCUACCUCUGCCUCGGCUAACACCUACAACGCACAGGUCCCUGCCUACACAGGUGGCACUGGUACCCAAAGCUCUUACAAUGGCACUGGCAAUGGCAGCAGCACUAACUACUGACCAGAGAACUCCUUGUAAGGAUCGUCGGUACCUUUGUCUAAUCGUGAAAUGGACAUUACACAUACAACACUUUAUAGAUAAUUAUCAUAAUUUCAUUUAAAGGCCUUUACUCUCAUAAUUUUUUUUAAACCACAACUUUGUACGUGUAACUAUGCUUAUUCCCUUAUUUGUACAAAAGGCUUGAUUGUGUGAUGGUCCCACACAGUGCCAGGGUAAAGAACCACAUCUGAUGUUCAUUGCAUGGUGUGUAAAGGCCAUAUAAUAAUUAUUAUUAUUAUUGACAAGUUCUUAAUAGGAUUUUCCAAUUAAUUUGUGCUCUCAUAAUAAAGAAUUGCACCAAUAUUAUUAUUAUAGUAUUCACACACAUAAUUAUGGCAAAUGGCUUUCAUUUUAAAUUGUUGUGAACUCCCAUUUUGUUAUUUUUACAGCCUUGUAAUUGUGUGUCUAACUGAUCGAUAUGUUUCUUGCUCUUGUUGAAA